GGAGGAGCUUUUCCCGGCCCCGCCCCGCCCCGCCCCGCGCCGCGCAGUCUUUGCCAGCUCUCACUCACUCCCGGAAGAGGCGGAGCAGGAGUAGCCGAUCCCUGGACCGGGAGAUUGGCUCUGGUCUUUGGCCCCUGUGGCAAAACUCCAGUGUGUGACCAAUCCCAGGGCAGCCCUGCGCCAAGCCUGUUGGCAUGGCCCUGCUCACCAUGUCCUGGUGCCAGUAACUCCUGUGGUACCCUCUUCCAUGGCUAGAGACAAUUACUGGAAAGCCAAGCGGCACAGACGGGCCAGCCAGCCUGCCCUAAGCCAGUGCCUUUUCCCUGUAAAGGAACCCCUGAGCCUGGGCCCUUUCCAGCUGGGCCAAGAGGACUCUCCAGCAGCCUGAGUCAUUUUGCAAGCACUCGAGCAGGCACUGCCGCUCCAUUUCCCCCUUCCUCAAUACAGGAGCUGGGGGCUCAGCUCCUCCGAGACGCCAGUGCGUGGCCACCCAGGGCCCCUGUGCCAUGAUGGGUAGUACAGGGCCUUUCCUGCAAUGGGCCCAGGAGGUGGCCGCGCUGCUGCUGCUGCGGGUGCGGCGCACGGUGCUGCAGACAGCUAUCCUGCUUUGCGUGCUGUUGCUGCUGCUCUGGGUCGCGGUCUUCCUCUAUGGCAGCUUCUACUACUCCUACAUGCCCACUGUCAGCUAUGUCAGCCCUGUGCACUACAGCUUCAGGACAGACUGUGGCUCGCCAGGCCCUGAUCUCUGCUCCUUCCCCGUUGCCAACAUCUCCCUGGUCAAAAACAGCCGGGACAGGGUCAUUUAUGAAUAUGUUGAAGACUGGGCCGAGUACAGACCCUGGGGUGCUGAUGUAUGGGCAGCCUUACCGCAUCUCCCUGGAGCUGGAGCUGCCUGAGUCGCCUGUGAACCAGGAGCUGGGCAUGUUCAUGGUGGUGAUGUCCUGCUACACCAAGGGUGGGCGCAUCAUCUCCUCCACAGCCAGAUCGACCAUGCUGCAUUACCGCUCAGGCCUGCUGCAGACCCUGGAUACCCUGAUCUUUGCUGGGCUCUUCUUUGUGGGCUUUGCUGAGCAGAAGCAGAUGGUUGAGGUGGAGCUGUUCUCGGACUACCGGGAGGACUCGUAUGUCCCGACUGUUGGAGCUGUGAUAGAAAUCCAGACCAAGCGGAUCCAGAUCUACGGGGCACAGCUACGGAUCCAUGCCCACUUCACGGGCCUGCGGUACCUUCUCUAUAAUUUCCCAGUGACCUCGGCCAUCCUGGGCGUGGCCAGUAACUUCACCUUCCUCAGCGUCAUCGUCCUCUUCAGCUACUUGCAGUGGAUCUGGGGCAGUGUGUGGCCCCGGGAGCCCCUCUCGGUACAGGUGAACAUGCAGGAUGGGGCCAGCCUGCAGCAGCGGCAGGAGGAGGCACGACGGCGCAUGGCUACCCCCAGGCCAGAAGACCAAGAGGAGCUGACAACACCGCAGCCUGAGGCCAUGGGGCUGGGCAAGAGUGACCAGGAGAGGGUUCCCCAGGGCACAGCUUCCCCCCCACAGCUACCAGGCGAGGUUCUGGAGACCAUUGGCCCCAUAGGGGGAUCAGCCCAGGCUAAGGAGCUGGAUCUGAGUGAAGAGACUGAGUUCGAGUCAGUGGAUGAGUCCUCCCUGUUCACAGAUGCCAACUACCCGCCCCCUACCGGGACACUCCUAACGCUACCACAGCUGGGAGAGGGGGCUGAGCCCAUCCCAGGGGCUGAGAUCCGUCAGAGACACAUCUGCUCCAGCUCCUGAGGGCACCAUGCUUCCUCUCCCCCCCCCC